AUGCGACUUUGGCGUGAUUUGCUUGCGCUCAUAUCUGAGAGUUGUGAUGAUGUUGCAGAGCACUUGGAUGAUACACUGCUAAACAGACUUGAAGGAGCAUUAUAUUGUGAGAAUGAACACCAUGGGAUGUGGGACGAUUUUUAUGGCAGUAAUUUUCGGAAAUUCAUGGCUUCAUUUGAGAGUAAUUUACAAGAUACGGAAUUAUUCCGCGGUAAGCUAAAAAUUAAGUUUGCGAUUCUUUGGCGAAUGCGCGAUUACUGUCAAUCUUCUGAUUUUGAGGUGGCGACCCGUAUGCUGAGUUCAUUGAUAGAUUCUAGGAAAUGUUCACUGAUAUCGUCACUGCAUACAUUUUAUCAAAAGAGUUUGCUUGGACUGAAAACAUUCAAUUUACUUGGUGAUAACUUGGAUUCACAUCUGUCGAUUCUUUUGAGUCUGUACCAGGCAUCACCAAAUGUUAACCACCGUCGUUCCAUAGUGCUUUUAUACAUUUUGCUAUCGCUGUCCGGUUUCGAAAAUUAUAAAAGUGCCGGUAUGUUUCGCAGGUAUAUGGAAUCAAUGGACAUAUGUUCUUGUGGCGUUGAUUUUCUGGUGGAUCUUCUGACAGAACUUGUCAAGGUUCCUCAUCUGUCCAACGGAAUAUGCUCUAUGUUUCUUAGGAAGUGUGCGGAAAGUGUGGAGAUAUUACUCAGUAAAAGCACAUCAGCUCUUGGGGAUAAAGAUGAAUUAACUUAUCUCUCAAUUUUGUUGGCACCGUAUGAGCCGAAUGCUCUCGAAUACGCUAUCAAUCAUGAUAAUUUGUCAAAUGUCGGAGGUUAUUUACGACGGCUGCUUACCAACGGUGUGCUUCAGGAUUGUGAACCUCAUCGCUUAUUAGUGCGCUCAUGGUACAGUCAAAUUGAGGAUUCUUUCAACGGUUCGAAAACUACCCUCGCCAAAGCUCUCACACCUUUAUCAACUUGUCUGGAAAAUCCCCUCCAUCAUUGUGUAUUUCGCGAUGUCCUUCCUCCUACUUUUACCAAUAAUCUUUGGAAUUUCUCUAUCAGUUUGCUGCUGCAGAAUCAAUUUGAUAAUAUUUCGAAAAAUUGUUGGUUGCUUUUCAAUCGCUGUUGUCAUCUUCAAGAGGAUACACGAAAAAGAGAACAGUUACAAUUCCUACUCAACCACAUCUGUAAUCACUCGCAAGCUCUUGCAGAGUUCUCGGUUUUAAUGGAUAGUGUAUUCACUUUGUAUUCCACUCCCCCGUCUAUAACCCUCACAGAGAGACUGGAUGUAUUCCAACGAAUUUAUUGCCUUGCACACGAAGAAUGCAUCAAUCUAAAGUCUAGUGGAAGGUGUCUUUCUUACUCUUUCCUUCUUUUGCGCAUUUAUCAAUCUGAUUUUUUAAACGAGACAAUUGCUUUGCAGCUUUUGCGGUUGCAAAAACUUGUUUCAAAACAGAUAGCCGACGAACCCUCAUUAACAGCCGAUGAGACAGUUACCCAUAUGCAUUGUGGCUUUUUCAUCACACCCUUAUUGGAAUCCCAUGCUCGAGAGAUUUUUACGCCGCAAAUCUUCGAUCAAAUAUUGGACCUAGUAGCUACCCUUGAGGUCGCAAAAGCGUUGAAUGGCGAAGAGCAGACCUUUCCAUCGACAUUGAAGGGUGCUCUACUGGCAUGUUUACUUAGAUGCCUUGACUGCCCAAUUGUACUUGAGCAUCUGUUAGCCACGGACACACUUUGUCUCGCGUUGGAAAAGUGUGCUGAUCUGAGCUCUGCGGAGUGGGAGGGAGAUCCAUUGAUUCGUAAAAGGGUUUUCGAAUUUUGGAAUGUUCUCUUUAAGAAGGUAGAGACAGAGCAAAAUUCGCCGGAGAUGAGGAGCCUUUUGGAGCGCUUUCGACCUCAUUUCAGUUUGACGGCACCAAUUCAGAUUGGACACAGUGUUUGCCCCUCAUGUGGCGAAUGUAUCCAUGGUUUGUUAGAGGAUAUCAUUCUUUCCAAUCAGACAGUCGAAGAUUUGGACUGCGUUGGCGAUUAA